AUAAUAUUGGAAUCCAAAUGAUGAAACGCUAAUACAUCUAUUAAUCAGACACGUAUUCAUUUUGAAAAUUGUAUAAAUUAAAACAAUUAAUCCUAUUGGAUAGAAUAUGAUAUAAAUUGCUAGACAAAUAUUCUUCUACUUAUUCCUCACACUACAUCUCAAGCUUUUAUUUCACCAACAAAUUCUUGAAUAGCUCACAAUGUUACGAACAAAAAUAGAAGAGAUACAAAAUGAUAAAAGACUGCAAGGAAAUAAGUUGCAACGACUAUCAAAUAUUAUUUUACAACAAAUACGAAAUUCAUUAUAUAAUUAUACGCAACGGCAAACAAUUACAAAUUCAAUACAACAGAAACAAUUGUCACAAUUUCAAAAAGAAAUUAUAAAACAAAAAUUUUCAUCCAAAAAUGUGUAUAGUGCUAUGAAUAUCGAAUCUUUGAAUGUACGGCGGAAAACAACUGCAAAUUCAGUCCAGCAAAAACAAUUGAUAUCCUCGCCGCAGUUACAAGUUCAAAAACAAAUUACAAAACAAAAAUCUUCAUCUAAAAAUGUGCAUAGUGUUGUUAAUGUCGAAUCUUUGAAAACAAGACAGAAAACAAUUACAAAUCCAACACACGAAAAGCAAAUAUUACCCUCGUCACAGUUACAAUUUCAAAAAGAAAUUUCGAAAGAAAAAUCUUCAUCUAAAAAUAAACAUAAUAUAAUGAAUGCUAAACCUUUGAAAUCUUCAUCGAUUUAUGAGAAAAUUUCAGUAAAUCAACAAUGUUCUUCUUCACAAAGUGAUUCAGAAUAUAAGUUUUCUGAAAAUGAUGUUUUUCUUAAAAAUUUGAUAAAUAAUAAGGUUCAACAUCAAAUAAAAGGAAAUAUUGCAAAAAUGUUAGUUAUAUUUGUUAAUGGUGAACAGAGAUUAAUUACAUUUGAGAUACCUCACGAAGAUUGUACAGUUCAAGAUUUAUUGAAACAGGCAAAUAUCAUACUUUCUGAAAAAUCAAGUGUUUCAUUAAUUUCUAAUCCUACUUUAGAUAUAAACUAUUUAGUAAAAAUUGGAUCUGAUACAAUUACAUCACUUGACAUAGAUAAAAAUGAUAGUUUUCAAAAUAACAUGAAUAAUAGUUCAAAUGAUUCUAAUAGAUCACCAGAUAAAAAUAUUGAUUCUAUACAACAAAAUAAGACAAACAAUGAGCAUAAUUCAUCAACAAAAUCAGAAAAAUUGGAACACGAUGCGUCUAUGCAUAAACAUAAAAGAAAAAAAAGAAUUAUUUCAAAAUCAAGGCCUAGCCAUAAAGAACCAGAAGAUAGAAGAAUAUGUUGA